AUGCAUCUGUUGUCGCGGUUCGGCCCUCAGGCGUCGGCCGCCUUAUUAUUGCUAGCUACGCAAGGAGUGUGCCAGACAGUUCCUUCGCCUAAUCUCGAUCUCUCCUCCCUCGGUGAGGUCACUGUUGCGGGCAACUUCGACGCCAUUCAAGUCUAUUUAGAUCAGUCACAAUCGGAAAGUUACAGCAACAAUGGAUCGCAGUCGGUGUUAUCACAACUAUCCAGCGGCGCAUUUGGCAUCCUGGCCUCCACCGAUGCCAGCAUUGAGGCCAUGUGCCCGCUAGUGCUGAAGGACGGCUCGUUAUCAGGCAUAGUUGUUGGAGGAAACUUUACAAGUAUUGGUGGUGUUGCGGCAAGAUCAGCCGCCUUGUUGAACACUACUACCCUGCAGGUGGAGGCUAUGACUGGAAUCCAAGGAACAGUUUCGGCACUCUAUUGCGAUAAUUCCACAGGGACGGUGUAUGUUGGAGGUGCUUUUGAGGCAGGCACUUCGAGCAACGCCAUUGCGUGGAAAUCUGGAAACUGGUCAAGCUUGCCAUUCGCUGGUUUCGAUGCUCCAGUCGACUCAAUAACCAAAGCACCCAAUGGGCAUAUCGUCUUUGGUGGUUCCUUUACGGGCCUGGGUAAUGUGUCGUCGACCAAUUCUUUGACAAGUGAGCAGAUCCAAGUCAUCAAUCUGUCCAACGCCAAUAUCACUUCUGUGGGCAACACAACAGCAGCUGGCCUUGGGGACCCAUAUAAUGUCGUCUGUCCCUCAAAUAGCUCAACCGCCAACACAACCUUCCUGUUCGCCGACGACACCGCAGGUUCGUGGACUGCUGCCUUUGGCUUUGGCUUUCAACCAACGAAGCUACGACUCUGGAACGCAAACACCGAUGGCCGAGGCACAAAGACCUGGCGUUUCACAGCUCAUCCGAUUGAUGGAAUCAUGAAUUUUACCUACACGGACCCUGCCACGGGUGAUACUGCGCAUUGUGAUGCUACUUGCCCACUGGCGCAAAAUGGCUCAACACCAUACCAAGACUUUGAGUUCGUCAACCUGGUGGGCAUGAACAGCUUCACCAUCGACGUCUCGGACUGGUACGGCGAUGGUGCAGGAAUGGCUGGCGUUGAGAUAUUCGAAAGCGAGAUCUUCUCGUAUGCUAUUGAAGCGUUCAAUGAGCCGAGCUGCGACGCGACUUCCAGCCUCCGAUCACAAUCGACUGCUACCGGUCCGUGGUAUCAAACUUCAUCGGGCUCGAGUGUCUCAGACUAUCUCACUGCUGUGGUCGGACCAACCACCGUGAAUACCACCUCGGUCAUCUUUCAACCAGAUGUUCAGGGGAGCGGCAACUACUCCGUCAUUGUCUACACUCCCGGUUGUAUACAAGACAGCUCUUGCUCGGCGCGUGCUAUUGUUAACGUCUCUGGCACCCUGACAAGUGAUGGGGAACAAACGUUCAGCACCUUGAUCUACCAGACCAACAAUUUCGACAAAUAUGAUCAAGUGUAUCAAGGCAAAAUCGACGCCGCCAGUACAGCUUUCCGACCGUCAGUGACACUCACACCAUCAGGCCUGCAGAACGAUCAACUUGUCGUCGCGUCCCGCAUACAAUUCGGGUUCAUUUCAACCACUGGAGGUUUGAAUGGCUUAUUUGAUUAUGACCCGACCAGCGACUUCGUCACCACGGAUUUUUCGACAUCUGCUAUUAACAGUGCUGGCACGAAGCUGGACGCAGGCGCCCAGAUGUUGGCUCUCACGACCCAUAAUGACACCAUAUAUGUCGGAGGUCGUUUCUCUGACAGUGUGUUCGAAAACAUCAUGGCGUUCAAUGACAACAACACGGUUUCUCUACCUGAUGGUGGAUUGAAUGCCGCUGUAGCAGCCAUGUAUAGCCUGGGCGAUUUCUUGUAUGUCGGGGGUAAUUUUACAAAUACCAGCUCAGGAGGUGUGGACGGCCUGAACAACAUUGCAGCAUAUCAAUACUCGCAGAAUGCUUGGGUUGCACUGGGUGAUGGCUUGAAUGGUCCCGUUGAAGCAGUUGUCCCAAUGCAGGUCAACGUUUCCGGCUCCAGCGCAGAGACCGUGAUAGCCUUCAGUGGUUCAUUCGAUCAGAUCCAAGCUUCUGGAUCGACUUCGGCAACAACUGCGAAGGGUUUGGCUAUCUGGGUCCCAUCGAAGAAGGCCUGGCUCGAAACGCUCAGCAUUCAACAGCAGUCCCUCGAAGGACAACUUUUUGCUGCAACCUUUCUCCCGAACAACACUUGGCUCGGAGCUGGAAGCAUGAGCUCUCAGGGGUUGGCCAUUAGCGGAGCCGCUGGCAUGCGAUCGCAAUCCAAUCAGAUACAACUUCAGCAAUUGCCCAUUGACAUUACUUCAAGCAGUUCUUCCAGCAGCAGCAGCUCCAAGAAGCGAGCUGUAACUCAGACACAGAAUGUCACUGGUAUCUCGAGUGUGGGAUACUAUACUCAAGGUUCACAAAACGUAACCAUCUUUGGAGGUCACUUCACCGCCACCGGAACAAAUGGAUCUACAAUCGAAAAUCUCAUGUUCUGGAAUGCCUCCAACAACAAUAAUGUGGCAGGGGCUCCGUCCGGACUCGACACGAACUCAAGUGUUACCGCUCUUACUGUUUCAGGCAAUCUUUUGUUCAUUGGUGGUCGAAUUUCUGGUCAGAUCAAUAAUGCCGACGUUCAGGGCUUGGUCUUGUACGACAUGAGCAUUGCUGCAUAUCGCGGAGUCCAGCCGGCCUCCCUUCAGGGAUCUGAUGUUCUGGUCAAUGCAAUUGUUCCACAAUCUGGUGGCUCAGGUGUUUAUGUUGGCGGUGCUUUCGACCAGACUUCGCAGGGUCUUUCUUGUCCUGCUGUGUGUAUGUAUGACACUGCCACAAGUCAAUGGAACACAGUAGGGACCGGUUUGGAUGGCACAGUCUCGUACCUCUUCUGGACUUCCAGUACAACCCUCCUGGCCACCGGUAACCUUACUAUCGGAACCAACUCGACCACUAUGGCGACCUACAAUACAAAAACCCAGACGUGGACGGCGACUGGCAAUGCCGGCGUGCCUGGGCCUAUUACAGCUUUCGCGCCUGCGACAAGUAACGCAGAUCAUAUGUGGGUGGCAGGUACAGCUACCAAUGGCUCGACUUUCCUGAUUGAAAUUGACGGAAGCAAUGUGCGACCAGUUGUGGAUGUGCUCGGCACUGGCACUACUAUCGAGGGACUACAGGUCAUGUCUUUGACGAAAAGUCACAGUUCAACACCACUGCUCAACAACCAGCAAGCCUUACUGGUCACUGGACAGCUAAACAUCACGGGCUUUGGUGACGUGGCCGCAGCGAUUUACAAUGGAACGGCAAUGGCACCUCUGCUUUUAGCAACCUCCAACGGAGAUGCUGGAAGUAUCAGCCAAGUGUUCACAUCUAACACCAACACUCUCAAAUCAAGUAAUCAUUUCCGGCAUUCGAAAGGCAUCGCCGUACUCGUUGCUCUUUGUGCAGCACUGGGCACGAUCUUCCUUUUGAUACUAAUCGGCAUCAUCCUCAACCGCAUCCAACGACGUCGGGCGGGUUACAAAACCGUCCCGAGCGUGCCUUAUGCGGACAAACAUUCGAACAUCAACCGAGUGCCACCGGAAGCUCUUUUCGGGCAUAUGGGCUCCAAUCCGAGUGUCCCGCGAGUGUGA